AUGUCGGAGUCAAAACCCAGGAAAAGAGGUAGUACAUGGGAUGAAGACAGUUUAAGACGUGCCAUGGAAGCAGUACAAAAUAAUCAACUUAAUACAAAUGCUGCAGCGUUGAAGUUCAAUAUUCCAAGACGCACCCUUAGAAACCAUUUAGUAAGCGGUAACAGUACUAAAAUAAUUGGGAAGACAACUAUUCUUACAAAACAAUUAGAAGAAGAUAUAUCGCAGCGAAUCAAACGUUUUGCAAAACUGGGUGUACCACUUACGCCUAAAUUUAUCAGGAAACAAGCCUUUUUAUUUUGUGAGAGGUUUAAAAUCAAGCACUCGUUCAAUAUGUCAACAAGAAUGGCUGGACGCAAAUGGCUAAAAAUGUUUUUGGCUCGAAACCCAUCAAUAUCAAAAAGAAAACCCCAGCUAAUGAAUCCAGCUAGAGCUCAAAAAAUGAAUAAGCCCAUUGUGAAAAACCAUUUUGAAGAAGUGAAGAAACUCUAUGAAGAGCUAGACAUUAUUGCACAUCCAGAACGCUUGUAUAACAUGGAUGAAAAAGGGUGUCGCAUUACGGUCCACAAACAAACUGUAGUUUUGGCUGAAAAAGGGAAUACAAGAGUACAUCUUGUUAAUCCGGAACACGCCGAGAACGUUACAAUAGCGAUGUGCGUAAAUGCGGUGGGUAUUGCUAUACCGCCUAUGAUUAUUUUUAAGGGGAUUAGGCGCAGAUCAGAAUUAGCAUCAAAUUUGCCACCUCGAACAAAGGUAAGCAUGGCACCCAAAGGCAGCAUGACCAGUAGCUUAUUCGUAGAGUUCAUACAACAUUUAGCACAACAUAAAGUACCCGCCACUGGUUUAUACCCCCUUGAUCCUGAUGUAAUACCCGAAGAUGCUUAUGCUCCUUCAAUUGUAACUGAAAGACCUUUAUCGGAAACGUUACAACAACAGAUCGACCAACCACUUAUAUCUGUUCAAGUCUCGCCCCCUGUGUCUGAAUUUAAAAAAGUGUCAGAAUUGUCGUCUCAGUCUCUAAUAGAUGAAAGGAGGUCAGCUCAUGUUUCUAACGUUUCUUCAAUUUUUCCAUCAACUUCCACAGAGAAGAUAGUAUCGACAUCGCCAAAAUUUUCAGCUGCAACAGCAAAAAGAAAACCCGUUCUUGUUUCUUACAGUUCUUCAACUGAUGCUUCAGACUUAGAAGUAGAUAUUACGAUCAAUGAUCAGUGCCGCCCCAUGCUGCUAAGUUCAGUACAUCGUUUCAACGUCGCAGAUACGAAACAUGACCCUCAACCAUCUCUGUACGAUUAUCCUCUUCCGAAUAACUACAUGACUAAACUUCAAGUCUCCGAUUUAUACACUUCUUCUUCGUCAUUUGAUGAUGACCUAGAGCAGAAAAAAGAAAUCACUCCAAAAAAACGAUUAAUACAAAACAAAAGCUCAAUUAAAACAAAACCUCAACUAAAGAGUCAUGAGACUAGAUCUUCGGAUGAUGACGAGCCGUUAAUUAAUCUAAUAGAGGAUAAAGAAAAAUCGUUUCAUGCUUUUUUGCCUACUCCAAACUACGCUACAAUAAAGUCUUCACGUUCACGGCAAAAAGCUAUUAAUUAUAAGGGACAAAGAAUAGUUAAAGAUUUAUUCAAGACUGAAGAAAAAAAGAAUGAGAUGAAGCAAGCGACGAUACCACAAGAAAACAGUAAAAGAUCGAAAAUAGAGAUGAAGAAAAGUGCAGAAGGUGAAGAAAAGGAAUGGUACUGUCACGCAUGUGGCGAGAAUCGAAUGGAAGACAUGAGACAAUGUACCGAAUGUCAAAAGUGGUAUCACGAGGAGUGUAUGGGUCUCACUAAAAAAGAUCUCAAAUUUAUAUGCCCAGAUUGUGAU